AUGACAGCCAAAUUGAUUCUGUCGAUUCUAUUUCUUCUUCUUAUCCUGGAAAUUCUCCCAAAAAGAUCUGAGGCCAUCGCCAAUGGACCAGGUCAGGCGUGUAAAGGCAAUUCUAGACUGUGCUGGGAAACAGGGCUAAUGGAGGACGAUAAGGUACAUACCUAUAAUACUAUCCACGUUUUAGGCGAUCUGUCUCUCAUUGUCAAUGGCUGUUGUUCUAGGAUAUUUAAACUAAAGACUGAUAAAAGUGCAAUUUUUAGGUUACGUAAAUUUUUUUUCCCUCCAGUAUUCUUGUUGGGGAACAGAGCAAAAUUUUCAAGAUUUACCAAUAGAAGCAUCCGUUACUACUUUUGUUUUAAUGGUCGAUAUUUUCCGCCUUCCGUGAUCACUCAUCUUUUAAUAAAUUCUUCAGUCGAGUAAGAGUGCAAUUUCGGUGCUUUGUUCCCCCAAAUUAAAAAGCCUUUCUGGAACUGUUUUCUCGUCGAAUAUUGGUUUUAUUUUCCAAUCUUCUACCUUUUUUAUUCCUAUUUUUUUCAUAUAGGGCUUUCCAGAGGAUGUCUUUGCCAAAACUAAACGCCGAAUUUGUGAUACUGCUCUGCGCAUGGGCUGUGGCCAACCUGGACGUUUAAGUAGAAAUAAUCAGCAUCAAUGAAAAGAACUGUUUGUUUUUUCGAAAAAAAAAUGUUAAUUCCUGUAUUAAUACUUAAUUCGUAGGGAAUGAUGUGUCAAUUAAAGCUAAAACAUUGCUGUCAU